UUCCAUGAGGAAUACUUCAGGUUACACAGUCAUUGCUCCAAUAAUCAGGCAGAGCUUCGGGCAAUGGUCAGGGCCCUUGCCUUGAUUACCAGGGGCAUAAAGCAUUACACUGGGGGUAUAAAAUUAAUAACAGAUAGCCGUUACGUAAUCCAGACUAUUAGAGGAAACAACAAAACGGUGGCAGAUGGGAUUAAAGCAAGGCAUCUUGCCAACAAUCUCAACAACUACAGCAACGUUACCCUUUGUUGGGUUCCCGGUCACCAAAACAUCGAAGGAAAUGAGCGGGCUGAUUCCCUGGCCAAAAAGGCGGCUGGUUUGAAGCUAAAUCCCACCUAUGGACGUGUACCUAUAACGCACAUCAACACUUACAUCCUCAAAAAAUGCAAAGAGGCCUGGCAAUCGGAAUGGGAAGUCUCCACUACUGGCCGCACUACCUACCGCUUCCUACCCUCCAUCCACAGACGCAUCCUCCUGCAUCAUCUUCACCCCACCUUUGAGCUCUCCCAAUGCCUCACAGGGCAUGGGAACCUUCCGGCAUAUCUACACAGAUUCAAAAAACUUCCAUCUCCUUACUGCCAUUGUGACAACACUAGUAUUGGGGAUGUUUUCCACUAUGUCUUUGACUGCCCGGACUUUGACCUCCAGCGUGGUCCUCUAUGGAUGCACUGCACCCUCAACGGCCAGCCAUGGCCACCUCCAGCAGACUUUCUAUGUGAGACUAAAGAAACCUUCACCGUGUUCAACAAUUUUAUAAACUCCUGCACCAUCUUCCGUGGUUCCUCGCAGGGUUGUCCACCUACAGGCACUCCCCUGCCUGCCACCGGUCCAUCUUAG